GGCCUCUGUCACCGGAGUCCAUCGUAACUGGAAGUGACACGACGGCUGGGUGGGAUCACAUUAGCUCCAGAUAACACUCAGCAGGCACCCAGAGCCCACCCCUCUCUGACUCACCGAGCACCCAAACCCUGAGAGGAAACGGGACGGGACCCAGAUAAACCCAGACCUGAUGGAUGGGCUGAUUGCAAACCUACCAGCCCCCCGGGCCUCGCCCCCCACCCGGCCUCGCCGAUGCUCCCGGCCCGGAUGAACCCUCAGGUGCAGCCGGAGGGCGGCGGGGCGGGCCCGGGGCUGGGGCCGCCGCCUCCGGGCCGCAAGGCGGUGGAGCUGGUCCUGGUGAAGGAGCAGAACGGCGUCCGCUGCGUCCUGGCGCCCCAGGGAGGGGACCCGCACCUUCGGGAGACUUGGGGCAAGAAGAUCGACUUUCUGCUGUCCGUCAUCGGCUUCGCCGUGGACCUGGCCAACGUGUGGCGCUUCCCCUACCUGUGCUACAAGAACGGCGGCGGGGCCUUUCUGAUCCCCUACAUCCUCUUCCUCAUCAUCGCCGGGAUGCCCCUGUUCUACAUGGAGUUGGCGCUGGGCCAGUAUAACCGAGAAGGGGCUGCCACAGUAUGGAAGAUCUGCCCGUUUUUCAAAGGUGUGGGGUAUGCGGUGAUCCUCAUUGCUCUGUAUGUGGGCUUCUACUACAACGUCAUCAUAGCCUGGUCUCUCUACUACCUGAUCUCCUCUUUCACGUUUGACCUUCCCUGGACCAACUGCGGCCACCCCUGGAACAGCCCAAACUGCACCAACCCUAAGCUUCUCAACGGGUCCGUAUUCGGCAACGGCACCAAGUACUCCAAGAACAAACUCACUCCGGCUGCUGAGUUCUACGAGCGAGGCGUGCUGCACCUCCAUGAGAGCAGUGGAAUCCAUGACAUGGGUUUACCCCAGUGGCAGCUUGUCCUGUGCCUUUUGGCGGUUGUGAUAGUCCUCUUCUUCAGCCUGUGGAAAGGAGUGAAGACAUCGGGAAAGGUUGUGUGGAUCACCGCCACUCUGCCUUACGUUGUGCUGUUUGUGUUGCUGACCCGUGGAAUCACUUUACCUGGGGCAUAUAACGGAAUCAACGCUUACCUUCACAUUGACUUUGGAAGACUCAAAGAGGCUACAGUGUGGAUUGAUGCGGCCACUCAGAUAUUUUACUCAUUAGGAGCCGGAUUUGGGGUCUUAAUUGCCUUUGCCAGUUAUAACAAAUUCGACAAUAACUGUUACAGGGAUGCUCUUCUGACCAGCACUAUUAAUUGUGUAACAAGCUUCAUCUCAGGAUUUGCCAUUUUCUCCAUACUGGGCUACAUGGCCCACGAACACAAAGUCAAAAUCGAAGACGUAGCAACUGAAGGCGCCGGCUUGGUUUUCAUCCUCUAUCCCGAAGCCAUCUCUACGCUCUCCGGAUCCACGUUCUGGGCGGUGGUGUUCUUCAUCAUGCUGCUCGCUCUGGGUAUCGACAGCUCGAUGGGGGGGAUGGAAGCAAUCAUCACUGGCCUGGCAGAUGACUUCCAAAUUCUGAAGCGGCACAGGAAGCUUUUCACAUUUGCGGUUUCUUCUGGCACUUUCCUGCUGGCUCUGUUCUGCAUAACCAAAGGGGGUAUAUACGUCCUGACGUUACUGGACACUUUUGCUGCGGGAACGUCAAUCUUAUUUGCUGUUUUGAUGGAGGCCAUUGGUGUUUCGUGGUUCUAUGGUGUGGACAGAUUCAGCGAUGACAUCCAGCAGAUGAUGGGGUUCAAACCAGGACUGUACUGGAGACUCUGCUGGAAAUUUGUCAGCCCGGCCUUCCUGCUGUUUGUGGUCAUUGUCAGUAUCAUCAACUUCAAGCCUCUCACGUACGAUGAAUACGUCUUCCCCCUCUGGGCCAACUACGUUGGCUGGGGGAUCGCCCUCUCUUCGAUGAUCCUGGUGCCAGGUUAUGCCAUCUACAAAUUCCUGUCCAUGGCGGGCUCCUUGAGAGAGAGACUCGCUUACUGCCUCACCCCAGAAAACGAGCACCAUCUUGUCGCACAGAGGAAUGUCAGGCAGUUUAAGCUCCAACACUGGCUAGCAAUAUGACCGCUGCCCGUUCACGGAAAACCCCAGAGUGGUACUUGGGAUGGGAUGAGUGAAACACCAAGGUCGGUAUUAUCGUGUUUGGACGUUACCUCCUCCCCGCCCGACCCCGAAGUCGAUGAGCAGACUUCCUGGAGGGAAAAAACACCUCCUUUCUUCCGCCUGGGUAACCGAAGUUGGUGCGUUUGAUAUUUGUUUUCCUCAUCGUCUUGAGUUCCAGGGUUCGGCUCCUGAACUGGAUAAGGUUUGGAGAAGAUAAAGGUUGAGGUGGAACAGAACAACAGAAAAAAAAAUCAUGAAUUGAAAACUCUCUUGUUUCGCAACAGAGCCAGAAUAAUCCCAUGUUGCAUGGAAGAUUCAUCCGCAUUCCAAGUCCCGGGAGACCAAAGUGAUCUGAACUGGGU